AUGGCUACGAUCAAUACCAGGACCGGUCAGGUCGUUGACCGGAGUGUUUUGGACUCUAUGCUGCGCCGCCGCCUCUUCUACACCCCAUCCUUCGAGAUUUACGGCGGUGUCUCCGGUCUCUACGACUAUGGCCCACCCGGCUGUGCCGUCCUGAACAACAUUGUCGACCUGUGGCGCAAGCACUUCGUGCUGGAGGAGGAUAUGCUCGAGGUCGACUGCACAAUGCUGACCCCGCAUGAUAUUCUCAAAACCAGUGGUCACGUCGAGAAAUUUGCCGAUUGGAUGUGCAAGGAUCCGAAGACCGGUGAGAUCUUCCGCGCUGACCACCUGGUCGAGGAAGUGCUCGAGAGCCGCCUGAAGGGCGACAAGGAGGCUCGUGGCCAGAAGGUUGAGGUGGACGAAGAGAAGGAAGCCAAGAAGAAGCGCAAGUCCAAGCAGACCAAGGCUGUCAAGCUGGAUGAUGCUGUCGUCAAGGAGUACGAAGAAGUCCUGGCCCAAAUUGACAACUUCGACGGCCCUGCUCUCGAGAAGAUCAUCGCCAAGUACGAUAUCCGCAACCCGACCACCGAUGGCAACCUCCUUCCUCCAGUAGCCUUCAACCUGAUGUUCCAGACCUCCAUUGGUCCUAGCAGCAACAUGCCUGGUUUCCUGCGCCCCGAAACCGCCCAGGGUCAGUUCCUCAACUUUCACAAGCUGUUGGACUUCAACCAGCAAUCCAUGCCGUUCGCCUCUGCCUCGAUCGGCAAGUCUUUCCGUAACGAGAUUUCCCCCCGCGCCGGUCUGCUGCGCGUGCGUGAAUUCCUCAUGGCCGAAAUCGAACAUUUUGUUGACCCCGAGGGCGGCAAGAAGCACUCCCGCUUCGCCGAAGUCAAGGACGUUGAAUUGUCCCUGCUCAACCGUGACGUGCAGCUGUCCGGGCGCACUCAAACCGAGAAGAUGACCAUUGGCAAGGCCGUGGAGUCCGGACUGGUGGACAACGAAACCCUGGGUUAUUUCUUGGCUCGUAUCCAGCUUUUCCUGCUCAAGCUCGGUGUGGACCCCAGCAAGCUUCGUUUCCGCCAGCACAUGGCCAACGAAAUGGCCCACUAUGCUGCUGACUGCUGGGACGCUGAACUGCAAACCAGCUACGGCUGGAUCGAGUGUGUCGGCUGCGCCGACCGCAGCGCUUACGAUUUGACGGUGCACAAGAACAAGACUGGUGCGCCUCUGGUUGUGCGCGAGCCUCGCGCUGAGCCCUUGAAGAUUGAGGAGUGGCAAAUUGACCUGGACAAGAAGAAAUUCGGUCCCCGUUUCAAGAAGGAUGGUAAGACCGUUGAGGCCGCUAUUGAGGCCCUCUCUCAGGAUAUGCGGGAGAAGCUCUCUCUGGAUCUGACACAGAACGGCAAGAUUGAGGUGCCUGUCGAAGGUGUCGGUGCCGGCUCGGUCGAGCUGGACAGCGAGCUGAUCAAGAUUGAGAAGCGCACUCGGGUGGAGAACGUGCGCGAGUACACUCCCAACGUCAUUGAGCCGUCCUUCGGUAUUGGCCGUAUCUUGUACAGCAUGAUGGAGCACGUCUACUGGUCUCGUGAGGGUGAUGAAGCUCGUGGUGUUCUGUCCUUCCCCCCCGCGAUUGCUCCGACCAAGGUGUUGAUUGUCCCUCUGUCGACGCACGCCUCCUUCGCGCCCCUUAGCCAACGGCUGAUGAUGUCCCUCCGCCGGAUGGGUAUCUCCAAUCGGGUGGAUGAUUCAUCCGCUAGCAUUGGUAAGCGCUACGCGCGCAAUGAUGAAUUGGGCACCCCCUUCGGUAUCACUGUCGAUUUCCAGUCGGUCAAGGACCAGACGUUCACUCUUCGUGACCGCGACUCGACGAAGCAAGUCCGUGCCAGUGAAGCGGAGAUCUUGCAGGCCCUCAAGGCUCUCGUCGAUGGUGAGGAGACUUGGGAGGACGUCCGCAAGCGUCUGCCUGAGUUCACUGGCCAGGAGGUUGAUUAG